AUGGCUACGGUCAGGUACAACCAUCCGGUUUCGAGCGGAGAUCUGAUACCACGAAUCGACGCACCUGAAUAUGUCGGUUCUGAGGUUGGUCUUCAUGGCCAGGACCACAAGGACCUCCAUCUGCCGGUCAUCAUACAUGAAGACGUGUCAGACUUGAUUGAUCAUCAGUUUGAUACGAGCAAUGAACCAGCGGACACGGACACAUCCACAGCUCUGGCCGCAAUCAGGGGACAGGGACUGCCACGCACAAAGGACCUGCCGAAGUCUACUCCAGAACCCAGCGAGAUUACCGAUCACGGGCAUCAGAGAUAUAACGAGUUGAAGAACGAGAACCUUGUUCCACGGUUUCCAGUAGACGACGAUGAACUCGAAGGCAAUCUCUCGGACCUAAUCUUUGAGGCAAGCUGUGAAAACUCUCAGGAUAGACAGGAGUUUCUGCCAAAAAGUCAACUGGACAGACUGAUUCAUCCCAAUUCAGUUCGCCUGGAGCUCAAAAGACAACUGCCAGAUCUUACAGAGGACACCAUCAGGUCUUACGCCAAUCGCAUCUGCCACGGUAGAGCUGAAACAAUCGAGGAAAGUACCACAGAGGAUUUAGUCAAGUCGUAUCAGAAAGUAUUCGCGGUCCUAGUCCUCGUCAAUAAGGUUAAUACUAUUGAGAGGUUUCUCGAAGAAGGUCUGUGCGACGCAGACUUGCCACUUCAAAGAUAUUCCAGGAAGAAGGAUGCCGACCGUCGCAAAUUGGAGUUACGGCGCAAGAAGCAACCAGGCCGUCGGCUGGAUUGCUUCAAGUCAUGGAAACAAGUUACCAUUAGGCACUUUGAGCAGUACCAAUGGGCUGUAGUUCCUCCAUUUUUCACCAAGGGUAAGAGAAAGAACGUACAACAUUACGUUCUUGAGCCAUCGACGGUGCUGCCAUUCAUCUUCACCGAUAAUGCGAGUGGCGACCAUCAGGGCGGUUACAGCCGAGUUUACGAAGCUGAUAUCCACCCGGACCACCACAAUUUCAAUGGUUCUCAAAGGAAUGAGCAGGACACAUCAAAGAACACCUUUGCAAUUAAACGGCUACAAGACUCAACAAGCAAAGAAGCGUUCCAAAAGGAAGUACAAAUCUUGAAGAGAUUCAGUGGAGAUGCCCACCCACAUCUCAUUUCUCUACUUGCGACAUUCGAGCGGAGUGGCAUAUUCUACUUGAUAUUCCCAUGGGCAGGAGCUGAUUUGAAGACUUACUGGGAGUCCAAGAAUCCGAGGCCAGCCUACAACGUGGAGACUGUCAUCUGGAUGGCAGAACAGUGCGGUGGCCUGGCCGAAGGUCUCACCAGACUUCACCAGUACGAGACCGGGCUCAACGACAAAACAGACUCCCCCAAAAAUGAGUAUCUAGCGCCAAAUGUUUUUCUUAAUGGUGGCAAAGACUCUGGGAGACCUGGUCCACUUUAUGGGCGGCAUGGUGACAUUAAGCCCGAGAAUAUUCUUUGGUUCCCUGAUCCAAAGGUCCCAGGUCACAAGGGAACCCUGAAAAUCUCAGAUUUCGGGCUUUCCGAACUCAACAGUCGGUACAGCAAGUCACAGAGAAGUCAAGUCCCGAAUUCACCAGGCUAUCGACCCCCUGAAUGCGACUUGAGGAAGAAAAUCAUCAAACAGUCAUACGAUAUCUGGACACUUGGCUGCCUUUACCUAGAGUUCAUCACAUGGACGGUGUAG